AUGUCUUCGCAUGUGGUUGUGAUUGAUUCCACGGCAAGGAGGGCUACUGUCAAAGUUACGCCGGCCAAACAUCUUAGUGAUAUCUUGGGGGAAGCGUGCGCAAAGCUGGGCCUCGACGCGGCUCAGUAUGGCCUAAAGCACCAGAAAAAGCAACUGGACCUCUCGCUCUCUAUCAGGCUAUCGGGUCUCAGCUCUGGGGCAAAACUGGAGCUUGUUCAGCUCUCUCGCUCGCCUGCUAUUGUAUCCAUCGCGCUGCAGCUCCCCGAAUCAGAGGCCAAAGAUGUCACUGCCGGGCGGCUAGUGGAUAAAUUUCCAAGCAACACGACACUGUGGCUUGUUCUUCGAAAGUUCGAGUCUGGCGUCGCGGGUUCUGGCGUGACGAGGAAUUUCACUGCUCGCGGCGCUCCAACGGCUUCCACGAGUGCACCCGAGUCGGGAAGACUGUUUUAUGAAACACCAGUAAUACAGCUUCUGGGCCGUGAACUCUCUUCGUUCACUGAUUUACAAAAGACCCUGGCACAACUGGGAUUAAAUGGCGGCAGCGCACUUCUUCGGCUGAGCUUUCGCAUUACUGAGCGCCCCUUGGAGGAUGCAAUGGGCGAAAUUGAAGGGUAUUUUGACUCCGUUGAUGCUGCUCCGCUAGCCCAACCAGAGAAAUCCGAGAAGUCUGUCGCUAUUGAAACUCCGACCUCCUCAACCACAGACGACAUAUCUGCAGAAACGCCGCAGUCCACCUCCUCCAACGCCGACGUAACUAUGGCUGGAGCAUCGGAUGAGCCUGCACGCUCCAUUCAAGAUGAGCCGAGUAUUCCUGAAAUAUCUCGGCCGGUGACGAUAUUCGCCCCUCCGACAAACACAACCCCCCGUUCUGCCCAGAUAUCACAUAAUGAAGACGACUAUAUACCUAGCGUUGACCAUGCGAAGGCACACCAGAAUCGGUUAAAUAUCGCCGGCCGAAAUACAAGGCUAGCUGGGGACGCUGAGUUGGCUGCAAACGAAUCUGCUAUCAAAGACAGACUGGCUAAAAUCAAAGAUAUCGAGGUUAAGGUUAGAUUUCCGGACCAAAGCCAGGUUGUUUCUAAGUUCAACCAGCAAGAUACAGCACAAUCGUUACAUACGUUCGCCCGAAGUUGUCUUGACACCCCCUUCGCAAACGAGCGAUUUAAUCUUUCUUUCUUCCCUAAUGUGUCCCAUGGGCCCCUUGCCCAGGGAGGCCAGACAGUCAUUCCAAACUCUUCGAAUAAGUAUCUUAUAGCAGAUUUCAAAAUGACAGGGAGAGUACUUAUAAAUUUCGUAUGGGAAGAAAAUGCUGCUCUGGCUGCUCGAACAGUCGGCACUCCAGUACUUCGCGUAGAGCUUCGAGAAAGGGCCAACGAGAUUAAAGUUGAAGACGUGGCUGCUGUUCCGGUGACGGAGACUAAGGACGACACGAAGUCGUGGUUAAAAAAGCUAGGAGGGGACAGCGAGAAAUCUGGCAAGAAAGGAGGUGGAGUACCAAAGUGGUUGAAGUUACCAGGAAAGAAGUGA